UGAUGGCAAAAAUAUUGUCAGUCUUGGCUAUUGGCCAAACCUGUCAAUUCCAAAUCGUCCGGCUUCUAAAUAAAAUAAAAAGGCUAAGAUUUAUAAGUUUAUUUUUUGGGAGGGAAAUUAUCCCUGCGUUGCUUUAACUUGUUCAUCGCCUCUAGUUUCUACGUCCCGCGCUGUUGGGCAUUGUGUUUCUUUUUUGCAACGUUUUUCAGAUCGUUAAAGUGGGAUCAAGUACCCUGCUAUCAGAGCUUUCUUUCCGGUAUGGUUUUUACCUUGUACGAGUCGUUCGCAUGACAGACGUUCACGUCGCUUGGCUUGUUUACGUUCGCACGUAUUGCGUGCCUAUUGUAACUUUGAACUUCGAUCUGGGCGACGCCCAAAUAAAGGGGAUAACGAUAUCACUACUGAUUUGUAUUUAACCAGAAAUUAAAUUUGUAAUUUAGCGUUAGUGUGCCUUCCCAUGGUUCCGUCCCUAGGUGGCUUGAGACAGUAAAUGCAUACCCAAAGUGAACUGUGGCAACAACGACAAUAUGUCGUUUUCAUGUCGGGCAACUUUGGAGCGAGCCGAACUUUUUCUACACAUGAGUGACUGACACAUUUGCAUAUCGCAAGUCGUCGUAAUAAAUCGUGAAAUAAUCUUUUGGUAUCCACGAGUUUAAAAUGAGUCUGGGUUUUAUUGCGCUGCCUGUAGAAAAGCGUUGGUUUCCCGGGAGCAUCAUGUAAAGAUCUGAGAUUGGCCAAAGUUAAUACGAUUCCCAGAUUCUUCAUCGUCCAAUAUCCUAUUGUUUUCUUGUUUUAUUUUGCUAAAAGGAGCAAUCACCCUGAUCCAAGCUAAGACAGAAAGGUACGAUAUUGUUCGCUUCUCUAGGGUGAUAACUAAUUCUUUGGCCUCGGAGCAAAACUGUAGGUGAACUUUGAACUGGGCCAAGAUUUUUUUUUCUGGUAUCAACAGAGUCUGUACUGGUCUGCCGACUGUUUGACUGUACAUCCGCUACCUUGAAUAAGAUAAGUGUAGGAGAAAUGUGUAGAGGUGUUUAUCUGCCAGAGGGCUUAUUUGAUGAUAUUUCGCUUCCGUUGAACGUGAAAGGAUUGUGCCUUGUUGUGGGUAGUGUUAUCAGUGCCGCGAAACUGUAUGUUGUUGACAGGCAGAACUCAGAUAUGUGGUCGCGUGGUUGAGCUGUUGCAAAAACCAAUGCUGGAUUCAGGAAAAUUGGAUCUACAAUUGUAGGUUUAGCUCUAGCGGGCACUUGGCUUUGAACCAUAGGCCCGGUUUUUGCAGAUCAGAAAGUAUUAAUUUAUUUUUCAAUGUUUGUUGUCCAUUCCAUGCGAAAUCCUGUCAUUUAUCGGCUUGAGAAAAUAGUAGUGUUUUCCUAGCUAGUUAAGUUGUUACGAGAUCCUUAACCAGGCACGUUUUGACUGCAUUUCACUCAACUUAAAGAUUUCUAGACUGAAAUUACACCGGUUUGAAACUUCACGGAGUCAGAUUACUGAGUAAAUGUUCUAAAAUUUGCGUCAUUUGAAAUUUGCAGCCAGUGAAAUGCUACUAGGGACCAUUAACUUACUGCCUUGCGUUAGAUAAAGGCUCUUCAUCGGCCUUAGAAUGAUUUUCUUUUAUUGUUUUAAAUUGCUAAGUAAUAAAAUGAAAUGAUUUUUUUGCUAACCCGGUUUUCAUUCUAUUAUUAUUAUUAUUAUUAUUAUUAUUAUUAUUAUUAUUAUUAUUAUUCGUAGAUUUAAAAAAAUAGGCUAUUUACAGAUUCAAGAAUAUGAAAUAUUAAAAUAUAUACCCUAUGUACAUUCUUCUUGCGUACGAAAGAGAAUUGUCGUAAAAUGACUAUCUAAAGACUACUAAUAACAAUUAUAAAAAUUAUUAUUAUUUUGCUUGCUUCAUCUAUCAAUUACAGUUCAUGAGUACAUUCAUUGUAAUGAAUUAGUGUGGUCUUUUCUUUUUAUCAUACGAGACGGUAUGGUCGCAACAAAGUGAAAAAUCUCAUCUGAAAUCUAGAACAAUUGUAAUAUUUAUUUAUUUAUUUGGUUAUCUUUGGUCAUCAGAUCCCUAUUCUAAGGAUGACAAAUGCCUUUGGGAUCCGAAGAAAGUCAGUGGGAAGGAAUGUAAGUCAUUUGACAAGAAUACAGCCUCCAGACUUGACUUGUAACGCAAAACAUCUAAAAAUUGGUUAUUUAUUACUGGAUUAGCAUAAUUUAGUUGUAGUGAGCCAAAAGAUAGAUUUUGCAUUAAGUGGAAAAAAAUGUUAAACAGACAGUGAUAUACUACUACGAUCUUAUUUGCAUACUUUUUAAAGAAAUUGAGUGGAAUCAAAACUGAGGAACAUCAAACACACACCAGCAAUAACAUUACUUCCAUUAAUUUUCAUUUUCUCCAUUGUAUAGUAUAAAGUCACUUUAUUAUACAGCAAAUGUGUUAUUGUUUUAAGCAUAUUUUGUACUUUCACUUAGGGGGUUGUCAGAAUGUCAGAAAUGUCAGGAACCUUAUAAGGGCACCAUCUAGUAACGAUAUACUUUCAAACUGAAAGAGUCCAACAUAGCUGUUUUCUUUUUGUGUUUUCAAUUAAUUGCUUGUGUGGCUUCUGUUUGCAAGCAUGACCGUACUAUUAAAGCGGUCAUUACUAUCUGAUCUUAUUGUUAUUUUAGUGCAGCAUUAUCUGAACUCAAUAUGCCAAAUUCCAGGCAUCGAAGGGAUCAGGAGAGAUAUUCUAAGAGAUGAUGAACAGGUAAAUUAUGCGUAAGAAAAUGUUUGGAAGACAUUUUGUUUGUUUGUUCGGAAAAUUUGUGUUGCCUCUGUUAGGCCUUAAGAUGCGUGUAGUUGGUAGUAAACAGGAGAAAUCAGAAUUGCCAGUAAUUACCAUACAUAAGUUGUAUGGUAUAAACUAAACCUGAAAUAACAUAGCAUACAGCAUAGCAUGACAAAUAUCUAGCUUUGAUCAAAACUCAACAUUUUUGCAUGAAUUUUCUGAAAGUUGUUAGUUGCUCUGUCGGUACAUGUAUUCAGAAGUUGAGUAACCGGCGUGGCCCCUUUAUUUGUUUGUCUGUUUUUUAUCACAUUCUGUUAAGACGUUCAUGUAUGGAGUGGGAUAAAUCAUGUAGCGUGCAGAGCCCCUCGUACUCACGAGCCACUUCCACCCCCAAACAAUAUCAGUUUUUAUACAAGGAAGCCGGGAAAAAGUAUUUCCAAAAAAAGAUAAUCACCCCGGCCCUUUCCAUGCACAGUAAGGCUUUUGUACUUCUUUACAAAUUUAAUACAACCUGAACGAUGCUUGGCAGUCUGGCAGAGGUGGUUUUUUUUUGCCAUCUCAGGGCCUUAAACCAUCGCUUUUCAUGAACCUGCUCUAGACUUAGCUUUCAAACUGCUGUAAGAGCUACCUCGUCGAGUUUCCUCUUUUGUACCUAGCGUUCUUUAAAACUAUUUUAGCUGCUUUUUUCAGGACUGUCGGUCUUCCCCUUUGUUUCUUGUCUUCAAAACCUUCAUUUCUCAAUGACCAUUUUAUCACCCUAAGUUAACACAUGCAAGAAACAUUUUAAACUCCCUUUAAUAGUUUCCUUUUUUGAAGAUUUCUCUAAUCUCCUGUUUGAAUGAUUUAGGCAUUGUACCUGUUGUUGCAAUGUAACUACACGGUGGAAGAUGCUGUAGGAAAGAAGAAAAGUCAAACCAAUCCACAAGCAGGUAACUUUUGUCGUUUGCCACGUAUUAUUACCCUUCUCUUGCCAGUCAAUGCACUACUUCUUUUUCCCAAACAUCCAUUCCAACAGUUAUUUCGCUUUGUCUUGUCUUGAAGUAUCAUAAGUUAAUUUAGUUACCUAUGGCCAAAGGUCUUUCUCUUUUGCAGCACCUCUUGGUGGAACUCACUUCCAGAGUAUAUUCGGGGAAGUGCCUCAUUAUCGGAUUUUAAAACCAACAUUAAGACUUACCUUUUCAAACAUGCUUAUACGGGGACGAGGUUUUUUUUAGCCAAUGUAAUACAUAGAAUUUCUGACCAUUCAUCUUCUAGAGUUUAUCCGGUUUUAAUUUUUAGAAUUUUAGGGAUUUAGCUCUCAGUGCAGCUUAGAAUUUUUAAGUAGGAUUUUUAUCGUAACUUUAAUGCAGUUCGUAGGGUAUUCCUUUUAUUAUCAUUCGAUGUAAGUUUUUAAUUCAUUAUUUUUCUUUCUUAUGAUUUCUGUAAAGUGCUAUUGAGCUUUUGGAAAUGACGCUAUAUAAAUAAGGUUUAUUAUUAUUAUUUUGUAUAUCGCUCUGUUUUCAUUACUGGGUACGGGAUCAGCAAUGGAUGUAAGUUUGGCUCAGUGGGUAGUCAUUAAGUUUUGAAGCAGCCAUAGCAAAAGAAGGUUCACUCGCAUUGUCUCACGUUUUUUGGCUUCUACUUGGAUCACCCGCAACAUCAAGCGAGCUCAGCCGUAACAGGCUUACAAGAACAGUACAGCUGUAAAUGCAGCAGUGACUAUCCUGAAAAACCUGAGCGGCUGUUUGAUAAUACAUGUCAUAAAAGGAAAGGUAAACAAUAAUUGUUAGAAAAAAAAGUUCAUACGGAAAUCUUGACAUGUUGGUUAGGUGUUUGGAUCGCGUUUUUCAGCACGACUAAUUUAACUGAUUUCUAUGAUUUUUUGUAUCCUUCAUAAAGAGUGCUGAAUCUUUGCACCUCAGAGCUCUCUAGUUUUAUAUCUGCAAGUUUGAAGUCAAUCUCGCUCAACAAUGCUGGUCAAAUUUAACCUUAAGAUAAUGCGCUACGCAAUUGACAGCACUGAUUUGUAUUUGCUGAAGUUAGGGAAAAAUCUGUCGUAUGAUUUCGAAAUUGUUUACAUUUUUCGUAAAAAUGCGGUUUUAAAUAUAUGCCGAUAUCUCAAACGUUUUUAUAGCUACCAGAAAAACAAAACAUUUUCUUAAAGAUCCACCAUUCUUUAUUAAGGAUGCCAAAAAUCAUAGAAAUCGGUUAAAUUGUUCUUCCUGAAAAACACGAUUCAAAAACAUAACCAACACGCAAAUAAAUAGGGCCGGGCCACCUUAAUGCAGCCAACUGAAUGAUUUUGUUGUAGAGAUGGCUCUGUGGUCUGAAGAUGAAUGCAGGGACUUUGAGAGUGGUAAGUUCUCAAAAGAUAGGUCAACACAAUACAAUAAAGAAUCUUUAUUUAUCCACGGUAAAAUUCAUUCGGGUACAAACAGGGAUGAAUCUAUUUACACCUAGUUACAAGGUAGUUACAAGUCAACAUCUAAAUCGUAAUUACAUUUUUCAAGCAAAUAUAUAGGUUUAGCCAGGGCUAAAAGCGAAGCUCUCGAUAAUAUGUAUAGUUUGUUCAGUUUGUUCAAACAAACUGUAAUGCUAAGCGGCGAAGGCAAGCAAGGCCGGACAACGGUGAAAAACAACAAUAGGUCUAAUAAGCAAAAAAGCAACUUUGAACGUGCAGCACACUUUUUUUGUACAUUUCUUUGGCGUGGUUUUGCACGACUGCAACGUAAAACUUUCAGAAACUUCUUAGUUACACGUUUCAUGGAGGAAAUGUCGUACGUGUUCUGGUUCACUUUUUUUUCACUGACGCUCAUUUUCGCCUUGCGUUGGUGGCCGCUAGCCUUUCUCAUUUUGUCACCGCCGCUACAAAAUUUUCAUGUUGUUCUUCCAACUAAAAAAUGUCUCCUUUGUUUUGUAAUCUCUCGCACUAGAUCUCUGUCGCCCUUGUUCUCGUUGAGCCUCGCUGGCCUGCCGCCCACUUUCUCUUUUUUUCUGUCUUUCUCUUGCUCUAUAUUCCAAAUUUGUGGACAUGCCAUUUUUUAUCUAGGCUUAAUAGUUUAGACAACACGGAUACAGAAACAAUUUACGCUCUCCGAUUUCUUCUUUAUUAACUCUUUAGUUGUCUCUGCUUCCUGCCAAAAUAACCUCGAGUUGCAUUUGGGUUGCCAUACCUGUUGAUUGAGUUAUUUUAAAUUGGUAUACCUGUGAUGCGGACGGACGGUCGCUCGGCCGGUGUACGGUGACGUGACUACCAAAUUUUCUCGGAUGUGAAAAUUACUUCCUUUUUGUUAACCACGGUGGUCCGCUGGCGCGCUUCGCGCGCGAGAGCUCCGUUUAAACCCUGUUUUCAUGAAUCUCGUGAUUCUAGUUGUUCAUGUGGUAAUCGUUUAAACGUUUCGUGAAUAUAUUCAGAGAUUCUGAUUGCCUUACGUUUUGAGGAAGACUAUUCCAGAGAACAGAACCACUGUUCUUAGAAUUUCGAAAAGUAUAAGGAGUUGUGUCAGAUCGACUAGUUAAUUUGGAACUUAAAUACUCGGUAGCAAAACCAUUAAGGGAUUUAAAAACCAUGUCAUGCUGGGUACUAAGAUUUUUCCAGUUUAGGCUACAGCUGUAUCCAUCCGUUGUGAUGUGCCGGAAUCAUUCGAGAAGGUCAGAACCUGAGGUGCACGAUUUUGUAGCUUUUGACGUUUAUCCGAUAGUUUUUUGCCACAGGUUCCACAGACAUCAUUCCAAUAAUCGAAAUUCGGUUAAAUGAAGCCUUUGUCAAUAAGAUGUAAUGUUGCUGGGGGACAAAUAGUCCGGCCUUGAUAGCCAGGGCACUUUUUUUAGGAAACUUAUCAAUAAGGCGGGCUCAUGUAAGAUUUGUAACAAUAAGUAUCCCUAGAGAUUUAUUCUUUGUAGCCUGAUUUAUGGCUGAGCCAUUUACAGGUAGAGUGGGAGAUGCAGUUACGGUGUUAAGCUUCUUUCUGGAACCAAUUGGCAAGAACUCGGUCAUGUUUUGGAAAAGGUUGUUUGCAAUAAGCCAUUUGCUAUUAUUUUGCAAAUCUGCAUUUAGACAAGACUGAGCACAGGCGGCCCAAACUCACGUUGCGAGAAAAGGUUGUAAUGUAAUUUUCAUAACAUAGGUGACGCGCCGGUGUCGCGUUACAGGCAACCGUUGAAAAUAUAAGAGACUUUGUAUGCGAAAUAUAUUACUGAGAUCUGCGAACGCUAAAUAACACUAAACCUUACUUUUUCUUGAAUGAAAUGAAUAAAAAAGUCUUACCUGCAAUCUAUUCCACUGCGUUUUGGUGUCUGUUUGUCGUUUUACAGUAAAACGACUUUUUUAUUCAUUUUUAUUCAUUUCAUUCAAGAAAAAGUAAGGUUUAGCGUUAUUUAGCGUUCGCAGAUCUCAGUAAUAUAUUUCGCAUACAAAGUCUCUUAUAUUUUCACCCGGGUAUUUUCAACGGUCGCCUGUAACGCGACACCGGCGCGUCACCUAUGUUAUGUAAAUCACAUUACAACCUUUUCUCUCAACGUGAGUUUGGGCCGCCUGUGGACUGAGUGACCUCCAUAUCGUUGUCAGCGUAGGUAAGGUGCGUAUCAUCAGCAUACUUUGAUUCUAGGGUAAGAGUGAAAUAAGCAAUUUGAGAGAGUUAGUAUUUGAAAGUGAGCCAUAGAUAGAGCAUUUUUGCGUCCUUUUUUCUAAGUAUGACUGAAACAAAUUGAAAGUAUUUCCCAUAAUUUCAUAGGCAUUUAAUUUGAGUAAUAAGAUGGAGGGGUCUGCUGUAUCAAAGGCUUUUUUGAAAUCGAUAAAAACUAUCGCGUCAACGUUACCGCGAUCAAUUUCAAAAGCCUAGCUAUCGGUAGCUUCUAAUAGAGUAGGAAUUUUUCAAGCUGAGGUUUUUUACUUGAAUAGCGGGCGACAACUAAAGCGGAAAUCUUCACUUCUUCUUUCACAGAGCCACAGCGACUUCCACAGGUUUGGUAAAGUAUCGUACCGCACAACUCGCACGUCUUCGGCACAAUAAUCAGCAACUUUCACCUACAUUAACACACCUUCCUGACUUAUCGCCUUUCUAAAUCAUCUCAUUGACAAAGCAUAAUUAUUGAUUAUUGAUUAUUUCGUCUUUAAAAACGUCGAAAACAGCCCAUUCUGUCAGUUCUAUGCCGACUGCCGCCAUUUUGGAAAAAUGAUUCGCAAUAGAGUUUGCAGGUUGGGGCAGGACUCUGAUCAUGUUUUUUCUUAACCCUCAAGUAAUAGCUGUUAUUGCGAAUUGGCACUGCGAUAUGCAAAUGUGUCACUCAGAUGUAGACACCUCUCGUAAAUCAGUGGGCUCCCGACGAAAGCGCCCAAUCUCAUGGUUUUUAGUGAAAUAUCAUUCUGAAAUGAACGUUUUUUGUUCAAUGAAAACGGAAAUGUUUACUGUUGCUGAAUCGUAGUUGAUUCUCCUCGUGUAAACGCCGAGUAUCGCAAGCUGCAAGAGACUUCGCGACGGUUUGGCGAGACUCUUGUUGGCCAUAUGUUCUACCUGAGAAGUUAACCGCGCAAACUAUCUUUUGCCAAAAAGAAUAAAAGCAGAAGGGAGCGUGGCCUUCCAAAAUUUCCGAAAUUUCCAACUACAACGUACUUUGUUAUUUUAGUUUCAUUAUUAUAGUCAUAUAUAUUAUCUUUUUCUUGCUUAUCUGAAAGUUGUAACGUAUACCGUAAUAUUUCCAUUUCGUUUUCAUAACAUUUCUUGUUUUGUGAAUUGAUUUAACCUCAAUCAUUUUUUCCUUCGUUCCUUUCCUUAUUUGCAAAUGAGCAGCAGCCAGCUCGAAGCUUUACUACUUUUGCUAUUGCACGCUGAUUUAAAAAUUGUACAUUUUUGUUUUUUUAAUCUCUACCAUUUUGUUCUCCAUAGUUUCUUGUAUUAUCUCUUUUUUACUCUAUCCGAAUAGUGUGAAAAAAGAGAUGAUGAUGAUGACAAAAACAACCGUUUCCUUCCAUACAAAACCUAUUUCGAGGGUUAUACUUCGACUUGGCCUAGCGGUGAUUACACAAAUUGUUAUGGUGGGAUAAACAUUACUUCACCAAACGUUCCUGCGAAGGAAGACUAACACAUUUCGUAGGCGUAACCGCGUAAACGCGGCAGAAUUAGUUCAGUCGGAGAAGCGCGAAUUCGAAUCCUGUCAAUUGAGUGUGUGGUUGUUUUCUCUUUCUUUCUUUCUUACUUUUGGCAUUUUUCAACAUCAAACGCGCGCACACAUUCACUCAAACAAGCUAGGUGUGAAGAGACGGGGAAGGCCGAAAAGAGACAGAUUACAGAUUGAUGUUUGACUCGGGGCGUUUAUUCAGUGUCAAAUAUGGUCUAGCCUGUGUACCGACGCUCUCCUCCUCUCAGGAAAAAUCGGGGAGAGACACGGGAGGGGGGUGUCUGUACACAGGCUGAUAUGGUCUGAUUCGUUCACCGUAUUAAAAAUCCCUAGAAUUGUAGCUAGGCCGACUUCACGUUCAACAAUCGUUCUUAGUUGAGUUGAGCAAGCAGUAAUAAAGGGACCGGCAAAGCGUUCCGACCUUCAAAUUGGGGGCAAAAAAGGCGCGGCAGAGACGCGCCCGUGCUUUUCUUUUUAAUUUAUUUCUUUGCGCCAUUUUCCAUACGCUGUAUUGUACAUUCCGCUUAAUUAUGCCAUUCCACAAAGUCCUUCCGUCCUUUACCCUCACCGUUGUUUACAGUGUUGUUCAAUUCACUUUCCAUGUUCAGGAUCCUCAGUGAUCCUUUGUUGACACUGGAACUAAAAGGGCUUUCUCUGAUUCACCUACAAAAUUAUGAAAGCGGUUCUCAUCAAUCACAUCGCCAAAAUAAACCCACAUUUUCGCUCGCACUUCGUAGCCAACGGCUACUGCUAGUUUAUUUGUUUUAAGAGCCUUAAGGUGAGGCAAAGAUAAGUGAUUAUUAUAUAAACACCAAUAAAAUACCAGGUGAGCUUUCGCGCGAAAACAGGAUAUCUUCACACUUGAAAAUAACAUGUGAAAAGAUCACCGUUGCUAUAGCAACAUAAUAAAUCGCGCCUUUCGCCGCAAAAAAAAACUAUUUAAGUGAAAUGGUUUCGCAUUCAUCGGUGUUUAUAUAAUAAAUAGAACAUUAGAUGGCCGCUUGGAGAAACGAAAUUUAUCUUCGAGUGUUGCGUGGCCAUGUAAUAUCCUCUAUAUCUUUACCGAUGAGAGCUGACUUUGUUGUGUGUCCAAGGGUACGUCCCCAUAGCGUUUUGUUGUUUUUGUUUUCUUUUUCCUUUCAUUUUCAGGCCUAAGAGUUUAUGGAAAAGAUUUCAGACAAAUACAGAAAAACAAGGUGAAUGUCCAUUUUCUAGUCAUUGUGAUAGUUGGUUAUUUUUGAUUGAGAAUCAUUUCACCUUAGAUAACUUUCACCUUUUUCACUGAAGUGGAGGUGGCUAGUGGUAAAUUAUCCACCACUAGCCUCCGACACUGUGAUGAAUAAUUGUUUAAGUAUAUACUACAACAGUGAGAUAAUUGAGCACAAAAUUGAUAAUUUUUACCGCUGCCAACGAUUACAAUUUUUGCGCGCAAAUGACCGAACGGCCGUCGCGUUUUCUUGCCGACAAAUAAAACUUUUGAAGGCUUUUGUUUAUCUCUUGUGGGGAGAUUUCUUCAAAAGGGGUUGUGAAUUAUCUUUCUAUUUGAAACCACUCUGUAAAAAAAUAUGAAAUUUAGUUUUAAACUUAUUUAUGACCGUGUCAGCUAAAUAAAGUAACGCAAGCCUUUUCGCUACUUUUGUCGAUAAAUGCAAGUCAGACAAACAGACAAAGCGUUACCUGUAAAAACUUCCAAACCGAAUUUCGUCAACUUCUUCGUGUAUUUCGGGAACAGCCUGUUUGAUUAUUUGUGACAUUUAUUUGUUUGUUACGGCAGCAAACCGAAAAGCCAUUUUAGCUCAUUUUGUUCGUAACUUACGGGAGUUUGGCGUCGCUCGCUCGGAGGAGCUGAAGGUGAAACGGUGAAUAGCACUGGAUAUCCCGACUUUGAGUGGCCAAUCAGAGCGCACGAAAACACUAUCCACUGUUUUAGUAUAUACUAAAAACACUUGUUACAUUAAAUAAAAGCAUGUGAAAUAGAGAUUACUAAGAAGUACAGUUAAUCGACUUUUUCUUCUAUUUUAUUUACUACGUUAGUUUUUUAGUUUUUAGUAUUGUUAGUUUUUUGUAAAAUUGCAUUAAUUAGAAUAAGAUUGUGAUGGGAAAAAAGAUCCUUGCGCCGCGUUUGGAUGUAAUAAUGAUCGCCUUUUUUUCUUUUUUUGUAAAAGAAAUUUUUCGAUGGUCUUUAGCUUGUCAUCAAAAAAAAUAUCUCCCGAAAAUGAUGAUUUUUUUUCUUGGAUGGUACCCUGAACGCUACUUUUGUCAGUAAUCUCAAGAAUUGUUUUAUAUUAAAUCAGGUUAUAUCAAGGACUGUGGGAGAAAUCGUACAAUUCUAUUAUUUAUGGAAGAAAACAGAAAGACAUGAUGCAUUUGCUUGCCAGACUCGUUUAACAAAGAAAAAAUACGCUUUCCAUCCCGGAAUCACGUAAGUACAUGCCAAACUUACAUUUUUAGGUGCUGUUAAACUAGACCUUGUCGCCAAGGCUCCCCUUCGAGAAAGAGCAUUGUGCUUCAAGAUAGGAAUAUUUAGACGUUUCAAGAUUCUUUCUUUUUAGUUUGGUGUCUUUCUUUAACCUAUUAAAAAAGGAAUUAGUUCGUUUCCAAUUUGCGACCUCGUAAAGUUUAACCGGUUUUUUCAUCGAGUACGUAAAAAAAUUAAAAUAGAUUAAAUGGUCGAUAACAUUUUUUUACCGUAAUUUGAGUCAGGGUGAAAGUGCAGAUGACACGAACUCAAAUUGUUUUUUGUUCAAGCGAUUCAUCUCGAAGCUCAAAAAUUGACCUUUAUAUAGUUAAAAAACUACAUUUACUUCAUAGCGGAACCCCAUUGCAAACAACAUUUGGUAAUCUACCCAUCCGAGACUGUAAUUUCGGUUAUGACGUCAAAUACGACCUAACGCCGACCGUACAGACGCUGAAGGAGAAGUCAGGAGUCAGCCCCUCGGGGGGAGUAGCAUAGCCCCGUGGCUAAAAACAUUUGGUUCUGUCCAUUCGAGAAACGCUGAUAGCAAGCUAGUGUGGGCUGGUAUUGCUCAUUCAUAUUAUCAUCAAAGACAGCUAUCAAAACAGGGUAUCCGCUGACCAGUAUCACAUGACCUUAACGCGGGCUCCAGUUUCGACCCAUUGAGGUUGCGUGUUUUUUUGAGGUCCGCCGCUACUGAUCGCAGUCUCAAGAUUAUUUUUUUACCGCACACAGCACGUGAAAUAUUUUUGUGCUUAUGAGCCAGCGGCCGGACGCGAAAAGUCAGCCUUUUUACAGGUAGGGAAGGCAUUUGCUAUUAAGGUGUUCAUGAAAUCGUUGAGUUCGUCUUUGUGUACAGCGGUGAAUGUGUCGUCAACGUAGCGUAACCAAAGAGGUAUAGUAACCUAGCCUGGCACCAGGUUCCGCAGUGGGAGAAAAAGGCAAAAAACGGGGCGAAAUAGGAAAAAUAUCGGUGAGCGAAGCGAGCCUAGCGGUAGCCUGGGGAGGGGGAAAGGGCAGCGGAGCCUGGAAACAUGCCUUUGAUGCCGCCGUUCCUUGAUACCAGAUUCUGGUAUCAUGCUCUGACUGGUCAAAUGUCUUCGUGUUGACGGAUUCGCGGUUCCGUUGACAGUAUCGCGCUCUUUCAAUGUCACGCUCCUACAAUUCGGGAAAACAUUUUUAAAACACGGAUAAAUUUGGAGCAAGCAAUACAAAUGUCUUUGCGAGACUUCAGCUGAGACUUUUCGUUUAUCCCUCGGCUCCAAGAAGAGCAAAAAAUAUGCCUGUGAUCUGUUGCAAAAAGAAAAAGAAGUAUUCAAAAUAUCGAGCUUUUCUUAUACUCUCCUGUGAUAAAUUACGAUCACAUUUACAAAGCGAUUGACUUAUAAACCGACGUUCAAAAGACACAGCAUUAUAAUCAGGCUCCUACCAAAAACGUGAAAAAACCCAAAGUUCAGUGUAUGUAUGCAAAGAAUGCCUGUUGCGUAAAACUAAGCCUUGUGCUCCGAGAACGCGUAAACCACAACUGUACGGAGAUAUUCUGUGAGCAGUUCUCUCUUGCAUGGCUUUUUGGGUUUGCGAAGUCGUUCGCGUCGCUUGUCUGUUGCUUAGUUAACAAACCAAAUACGCAACUGACAAGCGACGCGAGCGACUUUGUAUAAAACGCUAAAAGCUUUGCAUGCAAGAGAGAAACCUCUGCUCGCAGGCAAGUACAAAGAUAACAACGGUUGAGGAAAAUCAGGGGAAAUGAUUAUUACUGACCAAUAGCAAUCUUUCGUCUGUUACAUUAUAAGAAGCCAUGUCAACGAGCAUUAUGACGCGACCUGCGAACUUGAAGGAUUUCCUUGAUAAUCUAUUCGGCUGUUCUUCACCGGUCGCAUUCGACGCGAUGUCAUCUGUAGGUAGUGGUAGUGACACAUUCACCACUGUACACAAAGACGAAAUGGACAAUUUUCACGAACCCCUUAACAGACAGAACGCGGACACACAGUUUACCAAGGAGAUUGAGGAAAAUGCUGUAAGACCUUUUCAUUACUGCUUGGUCACUCGCGACAACAAGACUACGAACGACCAUUUACAGAAAACCGACACCUACCGACCGAUUACUAGACCAGUCAUCGUACAACUCGACCUCUCAUAAGGGGUACAACUAUACGGACUUUGACGAGACGAGCGCAACCAGUUUGCGAUUCGCCUGGCAGCAUGCAAGAGACUGACUACCUAAACAACGUUUUUAGUAAAACAACUACAACACGGACCACUCACAGUAACGCUGAUUCCAAAACACAGACUAGCGUGAACUCUGGCCAUGCUGUUACGACAGGGACUAUACCGUACAUUAGAGGCACCUCUGAAACUAUCGCACUUGUACUGUACAACCUUACAAUAUACCUGUUGCACACAAACCGAUAAUCAUUUUACGACGACUACUUACUAAUGUUAAGGACAAAGACAAACCGGAGGACAGACAGGGAGCAGUAUACAAAAUCAAAUGCUGCGACUGCCAGGCUACUUAUUGGUGAAACCGGUAGAAACCUAAGCACACGACUUAACCGAACACAAACGAACGACGAGAAAUGGUGACGUCAACAAUCACAUUACUGCGCACCAUUUACAGGCAAAACAUCAAAUCGUAUUACGUAUUCUACAGACUACUAUCAACGACUCCCUUUAGAAAGCUGGUUUACUAACUUCAAACAAACUCCACUGAAUCGUUGUGAACAGUUACCGGCACAGUACAAACGACUUAUUGACGGAAUCGAGCAAAACUAACUCCAAGAGAACGACUGGACAACUGGUCAAUUUGACUAAAAAUAAACGACUCGUUAACUAUGCAAUAGACUCAUCGAAACAAACCAAUGAAAUUACAAGUCUUCAUAGCCAAUAACACCACGGCUUUACUGACAGACGACCAAUAACAUUGCAAUUUAAUUGACCAAUCAGAUUAAUAACCAGAGUUUAAUACCAUCAACUGACGUGAUAAAACUCACUUUCACUCUGAAGAUGACUACUCCACAGGUUGUCGAAAGGUCAGUCACUGUCAACAACAACAGUCCUAUUCAAGACUACUUUGACCCGGACGAUCAUAUUCAACCUACUUAUGAAAUGACUCCUGGGUUCAAACCUUUCACAGUUUUAGAACUUUUUUGUUAAAUACAUUAUCACGGCUAUUGAAAAAAGGUAAGGUUUGAAAUACAUUUACGUCGAUUUAAAUGUUCUUAGAACAUAGCCAGUCUUAACGUCUUAAUGAUGCUGACAGUUUCGAUGACUGUCAGCCAUCUUUAUCAAAACUUGAAAAACAUUAAAAGUGUCAGAAGCCUUAAAUAGGCUUCUAAAGGUGUUAAUUAUUGCGAUAAACGCGCAAAAUCACUCUGUAGACGCCCCAUCCCCCCUGGUUUGGGGGUGGAGAUCACUUGUGUCCAUAUGGGAGAAAGCGAAAAGGUAUAUAUCGGUGAAACAGGGAGACAGCUGGGAACCAGGAUCACAGAACACAGAAAGGAAGCAGAAAAGAUCUCUGACAGAAAUUUCACAAGAUCCACCCGCAGAGAUUCUACCAAUGAACACCAUAAAUCAGCCAUAACAGACCACGUCGGUCACAACAAUCAUAUUAUGAAUUGGGAAGCAAGUGAAAUAGUUGAGCAGGAAAGCGACAAGUUUAAGCGAUAGAUCAAGGAAAGAAUAUGUAUUAGAUCGAACACUCCUACUAUGAACAGGGACGAGGAAGCCUAUCAGCUUUCUCCCAGCUAUGUUUCUAAGAACAUUUAAGUCGACUUAAUAACUUCACUAGCCUGAUGAAUUUCUUCAAGAAUACAUUUACGAGUUAUUUGAAUUCAAGCAUACAGAAUUUUUUUUACUUCUCACAGAGGUUAUUUGGUUAAUGCCACACUUUAAGUUCCCUGUGCUGGCUUUUCAUAUUUCAAAGUUUUUUGCUAUUGUUGUCGUAGUGAUAUCGAUGUAACUGAAAACUGCAUUUUGACAAACUUUAAUUGAUAGUCAAUCACUGGUGAAAAUUUCACAGCGAUCGGACAGCGAUAAAAAACUUUUAAGGGGAUUGAAAAAUCCUUGGUGUGGUUUCCGAAAAACUGUAUCGAAACACCUUAAGGUGUAUAAUUGUCUACGAAGUGAGACGCACUGACAGAUGUCCUUUUGUCUCGAUUUCCGCUCUUAUUCAUUUGAGGCUGCUGGACCAAAUUGCUUUAUUGUUCUCUGUAAAAUACUUCUGCCGUGGAAAGUAAUCGCCAAAAGCAUUUCUCGAUCUCCAAAACGGCCAGUCCAGACAACGCCGACCAAGUUUCUCGUUUGAUGACGACAUUGCGUUGCGCAAAAAUUCUUUUCAACGUUGCACCGUGAGUUGAAAAGCCUUUUCAUUACGGUUCGUGGCAUUGUUCUCACGACGGUGAGAAUCUUUUCUUUUGUAGAUUUCUACAGUAAGGGUACAUAAUUAUGUUUGUUGACAUGUUAUGAAUAUUUGUAGAAAUAUCGAUGUUUUAUCUUUUUUUUUUUUUUUGUUAUCUCGUCUUUAUUGACAACCGCUAGUUUGUUACCGAACUUAAUAUUACUAAACUUAGUUUAGCUCUAACCUCGGAUAUCAAUACGCCGCUUUCGAUUGAGAAGCACGUUCCCGGGUUUUUUUAUUCCGGGUUUCCGUACCGGGCAGUGUAUCAUUGCUAUGCAGUUUUUUCUAGGUUUUUCUCUUAGCCUUAAUUCUUUGUCUUGUCUUUUCAUUGUUUUUUCUUUGGGACUAUUUCAUAUUUCAUCCUUCAUGUUGGCUUCAUGUCUGCGUGUCCAGGUAGAUCUUAGAGUUUAUAUGAAUUCAUAAUUUUGACGUUUUUUAAAGAUUAUUUGUUAAUUAUUGUUGAAUAUUAUUGAAUAGUAAUUGUUAUGUACUUUUUGUGCAUUGUUAUCCCGACUAUGUUGUCACUACGUAUAGAUAUUUCGUUAAUAAAGCGCUGGUCCUUACUAUCCAUUAGACAUCCAGCACGAGUCACACUCCAUUCUGUUGUCGCGUUAUGUAUUCGGCGUUUAGUGCGCUGUGCGGAGGGUAGUAAUGAAAUACCACCCGAGUUUGCAAGCCGCUAUGCUCCACGCCCGAACUGUGCACUGGGCGCGCGGCAAAAUUAUAAACCUCGCUUCGCGAAGUAAAAACUCUGUUGGUAUAUAAGGACAGUUUAAUAGUCCCUAGUCGUUGCAUGUCAUAACAUUUUAUUAAUUUUUUUGUCAGUGAAAAGAAAUUGUACGCAUAGGGGCAGAUAAGUGUUUAAACCCUAAUAUCAUCAAUCAAAUUCUCCAGACUACAUAAGCGGGGCGGAUCGAGAAAAUUCAGAAAGGGGCGGCCGGAACCCUUAGCUAUGAAGAAUACUAUUUAUUUUACUGGGAAGUCUUAAAAAAUAAUAGAAAAUAUCACUGGUAGGUUUUAAACAAUUAAGGACUUUUAUCACUUGUUCUUUUUAAUGCUCCAAAGGCAUAGGACUCUUGAAGCAUAUUAGCCCGUUUCUUAAUCAACGUCAAAGGGAAACCUAUUACAAUGGCGUUAUAAAGCCCACCCUCUAUGGGAUCAUGAUAUAGGACAGCUGCAAUGCCGAACAUCUUCAAAGUAUUUUAAAACUUCGAAAAAGAGCGGCACGCAUUAUACUCGAUGCUGAAAGACUUACACCAUCAGUCAUAUUAUUCAAUAAUUUAAACUGGCUCCCUUUUACUAAACAUUCUCUAAUAAAGAGAUGCGCACUAGUGUAUAAGUGGGUCCACAAUUAUAUUACGCCUAGUUAUUUGAAUAGUCUAUUAGUCAGAAAUUCAGAAAUUCAUAAUCGAGCCACUAGACAUUCAAACAUAAAUUUGGUGUGCCCCAAGUAUAAACGAAAAACAGAAGGAGGUCGUACUUUCACUAUUAGGACUAAUAUACAGAUUUAGCCAGGGCUAAAAGCGAAGCUCCUAUUAACUCGAAUUUUUUAAUUUAAACAAUAAACAAUAAACUUGCAAUUGUAUUCAAUCAGUUAACUUUAGAGCACAUUCAUCUGACUUUUGAGGGAAAGGCUAAGUCAUUUUAGAGAAAAAUAAUUUGCAAACAGUCCAAGCUAAGAGUGAACUUAAUCUUAGAUCGAGUUGAUAGCCUUUAUAUAUGUACACCCAAAGAAUAGCAAUCAUCUUCGAUCACAUUUAAGAGCCAUAAUGGCUCUUGAUCACAAUAGAGUAGGCCUGGAAAACAAAUUCUUGGAAAACAAAUCAGGCCGAAUUUUUUGCGUUCGACAAGUUUAUAAUUUACUUUACAAAAUCUUGCCAACAAAUCUGGGGACGUGUAAACCAACCUUUUAUACUUUUUAUACAUCACAUCUGAGGUGAAACAGUACCAUGAGGCGCUGUUUUUAUCAUACAGACCUCGGACAGAAUGCAGUAUUUCACAAUUUUGCAAUACAAAUUGCACUCACUCCCCGGACUCACUCAAGAUUCAGGACGAUCGAAGCACGCGUGUGCUUUUAGUAAAAAAAUUUCCAGAAUCACCUACAUAUACGGCUAGCCGGUUCUCACUUUUCACAAGCGCCAAAGUCGAGUGUUUAAAUCAAGAUUAAUAGAGUUAUACGCUCCAACGUGAUAAAGAAUUCAUUUUUUAUGUUUAUUUUUUGUUUAAUGGUUUUAUAACGAUGUGUAAUCUUAGCUCUUCUUCGUUUGAUACGCGCGGCAUUUUGAGUACUCCUGCAAGCGAUGUUCAUGAGGGACUGAAAACAAACGACACAGCGAUUAAAAUUACAAAAGAGACCACUAACAAUCAAUAAAAGGAAAAUAAUGCGGUGAAACAUAUACAGAGACAAGAAUUUUCAUUUACGAAGACAAGUAUUAAAGAAAAUCCUUGUUUAUGUUUUAAGCCGGCUUCCCGGUGUUUGCUUUUUUCAAAGAUGAACUUGAGGCAGAAAAUUGCUCAAAGCUUCCUUUUACAGCCAGAAUUAUAGCUAAAUAUUCUUUGAAACGUUUUCUUUCUGUUUGCGGUGAUAAAAUGUCUCAAGGCUUUUUAAAGUUCUAUAAGCUUAUAAUCAAACCUGAUACUCGGUCAGAUCAUUGUCUCAAAUCUUACAAACGUGCAUAAACUAAAUAGCCGCAUAAACUGCGCCCGACUUCAUUAAAUUAGAUAUAAAAAACAAACACCAAAUACAAUAAUUACUCAGGCUUACCAUUCGAGAUGCACUGAAAACUAUCAAGUAAGGCCAGAAUCGCUGCAGACUUUUCAACCCUCUUUUUAAUACGCAUCAAGCAAGGUGAAAAACGAAAACGAUGCCAUCCGAAAUCAGAUUUCUGACUUUGUCAAGCGACGUAUUUCUCAACCAAAACCCCAAUAAACAGAAGACUCUUGAAGCUUCUUGAUAGCGGCAGAAUUUCAUUUUGUACAUCCAGUGGAAAAAGACAGUUAAAAACAUCACAAACUGACACAAAACUGUCAGCUUCAGCUCUCAAAGUAAACAAGUUUCAAGAUGCUGCAUAAAUUUUCCACAUGAACUAAGCGGUCAAAUUUUGACCAAUCAGAGCAUAAAAAUUGGACGUAGAGCGUGACCAGCGCGUGACCUUGGUGAGAAAAGUCAAAAGCAACUGGCAUGUCUUCCCUGCCUGUAAAAACUGGCUGAAUUCUAGCUUCCGAGGUCUGUUUGAAAUCAAAAUUUUAAUUGUGCGGCACAUAUAAAACACAACAUAUUUCAUAUGAAUUAAGAAAAAUAAACUUGAGCCUGCGAUCAUUUGAAAACUAGUGACUUGUCAGCGGAUAACUUCAAAAAGAUACUCGACCUCGAUGGGUCGACACCUGAGCCCGCGAUAUGGUCAGGUGAUACUGAUCAGCGGAUACCCUGUUUUGACAGCUGUCAAUUGAUCACAACAUUGAUGUACAAUGUGUGUGCAAUAUCAGUCUUCCUGUGCUCAAACUAGCUAGAAAGAGAUUGAACAUUGGUUUCCCUGUGGUGCGGACGGACGGGCGGUGUCCGGUCACGUGAUUACCAAAUUUUCUGGGAUGGGUAGAUUUACCUAACCAUGGUGCUCCGCAGGCGCGCUUCGCGCGCCAGAGCUUCCCUAUAAAGGACUGGAAUUGCAUGAAUGCCAAUAUAAGAAAUAAUGGCUCGCUAGCAAGUUUUAAGCAUAACGUUUUUAAAUCCUUUCUAGCUGAACAAAAGGCUGCGAUGCUCUCCUUAGACUAUAAUUGUAUAUACGUUUUAUGUUGUUUUUAUCUAUCUUAGUCAUAAUGUCUUUUUAGCAAUUAUUUAUUAUAUUUUAUCCUAAAUUAUCUUUGAAAAUAGUAUAUUUUAUAGUUUUUAGUUGUAGAGUCUAUAUUUGUAAUUGUUUUGAGGGCCACAGAGUCAUCAGUGUCUUAGGACUACUGUUAAGUGUUUUACCCUCUUUAAAUACAGCCUAUUAUUAUUUUAUUAUUGUUAAUGCUGGGCUAGCACAGAUGAGCUCUUCCCGCCGGUGGGGACGUCAACAUUCUUUGUCAAAUAAAUAGGAAGAUAAAUGAAUAAAUAAAUAAAUGUAUUUUUAUGUAAAUGUAUGUAUUGGAAGGAUUGUAAUUUGAUUAUACUUUGUUGUUUUAGAAACUUAAGAGAGGGUUACCGUCGUGCUAAGGUUACCCUAGCAAGCGGGUUAAAACUAGCUCUGGUUUACAAGCAAAUUUCACAGUUAGGGUUACCCUAGCACUAGGGUUACCCUCCCUCCUUGUAAACAGGGCCUCGGCUGUGUUUGGCCUCGUGCACACGAAUCCAAUUAUUUUUGAAAACUGAGAUUUUUUCCUCCGUUUUGAAAAAAAAAGGUGUUCACACGUAGCGUAUUCGAAUCGUUUUCACCUGACCACACGAAAACGCUGAGACGGUGGAGAUACGAUUGCGUAUCGUACAGGGCAUGCGCUGUGUGACGAAUGACAUCAUCAUAUUCGAAAACCUUUAUUUUUGAAAAGAUGCGUUUUCAGUGACUGUUUAUACCGGAUACGUGUGAUCAGUAGACCAAACCGGAAAAAAAUAAAUCUCCGUUUCUUGGAGAUAAAUUGAUGCAAUGGUUGCCUUAGUCGUAUCUGUUUUUAUCUUUUUAUUUAUAUAUUUUUAUAUUGAUUUUACCUCAUUUUUGCGUUUUUAUUAGGGAUUACAUGGACAGGUUUCUGGAUGAAAACGAAAGUGCAGCAUCUAGUCGUGCUUCCAGUCCACACAACUUCUCAUCAAAAGCACGACCAGGAAAUGGAGCAAGUCCUGUUUCUACUCAGAGCCAAAGCCAUCAGCCAGUAGCAACACAGCCUUAUGCUGUACAUACAGUGGCAGCACCUACCUCAGCACAAAGCACUGGUCUCACUAUAAAUGUUUCAAAUUCCAACUCUGUGUCUGUUACCCUGACAAGAGGAGAUGCCAGUGAUAAAUCUCCUAACAGACUCAUGCAGCAGCAGCAAUCGUGUGUACCAACAUCCGUUAUAGUGUCAGGUCCAGACUCCGGUAGUGAACCUCCUUCUAAAAAGCUAAAAAUGCUUCCUAGUGGAAAACCAAAGUUAAUCAGCAGCAUGCUAAGUAAACCUCCACCUUUAAAACCUAUUGCAACUUCAGAAUCAUCAACUUUUCAUACAAGUAGCUUGGGCAGUACAUCAUUGGUGUCAAGCGGGGUGUCCGGCUUUAAUAUAUCUAAUUCACAUGAAUAUUCUUACUUAGCUGCAGUGCGAAAAACGCCUGGUCCAGACUCUAUUCUCUUUACACAGCACAAGUGA